AUGGCUGACUAUCUUCUCUUCGAAGCCCCAAUGGGGUAUUCGCUCUUCAAGGUCGUGCACGAGGCCGACACCGUCGGAAACCGCUUGAAGGAAGUGCAAGAAGGUGUUUUGGAUCUUGCAAAGUUUGGAAAAAUGGUUGAGCUUGUCAGCUUUUUACCCUUCGAGAACAAUAAGCAAGCCCUCAGCGAAAUCAACGACAUUUCGGAAGGUGUCGCUUCCCAAACUCUCGUGUCUUUCCUUGAACUCAACCUACCCAAGUCCGGCAAGAAGAAGAAGGUCAGUUUGGGAGUAUACGAUCGUGUUCUGGCAACAAGCAUCAAGUCCGCUUUCCCAUCUCUUGAGUGCGAGACCGGAGACACUAGUGAAGUAGUGCAAGAUAUGCUUCGAGGCAUUAGACUUCACUCAACAAAGCUGUUGAAGGGUCUUAGAGAGGGUGAUCUGGAUACUGCUCAGUUGGGUUUGGGUCAUGCCUACUCUCGUUCCAAGGUUAAGUUCUCCGUACAGCGGGACGACAAUCAUAUUAUUCAGGCUAUUGCCAUUCUUGACCAGUUGGAUAAGGCUAUUAAUACCUUCUCAAUGAGAGUGCGAGAGUGGUACUCCUGGCACUUCCCUGAGCUGAUCAAGAUUGUUUCGGAAAACCAGCGCUAUGCCCAGGUUGCACUUUUUGUUCAGGACAAGAAGACAUUGACUGAAGACCGCCUACAUGACCUCGCUGCCUUGGUCGAGGAUGACGAAGGAGUUGCUCGAAGUGUCAUCGAGGCUGCAAAGCACAGUAUGGGACAAGAUAUCUCCGAGAAUGAUAUGGAGAAUGUGAUCUCCUUCGCAAAGCGCGUUGUGAGCUUAUCUAACUACCGGAAAUCUCUGCACUCGUAUCUCGUUUCUAAAAUGAGCGUUGUGGCUCCAAACUUGGCCGCGCUAAUUGGAGAGAUCGUUGGUGCUCGACUUAUCUCCCACGCAGGUAGCUUGACCAACCUGUCCAAGUAUCCUGCUUCCACUGUUCAGAUUCUUGGGGCAGAGAAGGCGUUGUUCAGAGCACUCAAGACCAAGGGAAACACACCCAAAUACGGUUUGUUAUACCACUCGUCAUUUAUCGGCAGAGCAGGACCCAAGAACAAAGGCAGAAUCUCCCGCUUCCUUGCAAACAAGUGCUCCAUUGCCUCCAGAAUCGAUAACUUUUCCGAGGUUCCCUCUACAAAGUUCGGAGAGGCUCUCAAGAAGCAGGUUGAGGAGCGCCUGGAAUUUUACGCCUCGGGUGCCCCUCCCACCAAGAACGAGGUUGCUAUGAAAUCUGCCAUGGACUCUAUUCUAGCCGACAUGGAAGUUGACGAGCCCCAAGAUAGUGAUGUGGAAAUGGAAGAUGAGGAGAAAGCAAAGAAGGCCAAGAAGGAGCAGAAGGAAGCCAAGGACAAGGAGGAGAAGAAGGAAAAGAAGGAGAAGAAAGAUAAGAAGGAAAAAAAAGAAAAGAGCAAAGAUGACAAGAAGGAGAAGAAGAAGCGGAAGCGCGACAGCGAGGUUGAUAUAUCCAAGAAGAAGUCUAAAGCCUAA